AAAUACUAUACCUUUUGUUUUGUACUUAUCUAUCUUUUGUUAAUCUUAUUUAAGAUCUAAUUGUUAUUUGAAAUCGAAAAUGCCUUCACUCUUUGUUGAGGAUAUUAAGAAUCCUGAACAGGUUAUUGAAGAACCUUUACAUGAAAAAGGUUCAGAUUCUUCGCUGAUUAAUUCGCUUGCUGUUGAAGAUUAUGUAUCUAAAUUCUUAGAUAUUUCUAAUGAAGCUAAAUCUAAUGAUCAUAAGGAAAAGAAUAUGAGUCUUAGAGAAGGGUUCAGAACCUUUCCAAAAGCUGUUAUGUGGUCGGUCAUUCUUUCUACUGCUUUGAUUAUGGAAGGUUACGAUAUGAAUUUAUUAAACUCUUUCUUUGCUUUCCCAGCUUUCAAUAGAAAGUUUGGUAAUUAUUACCCAGAACUUGGAGAAUAUCAAGUUCCUGCUAGAUGGCAAACUGGACUUAAUAUGGGUUAUAGUUCUGGAUGUGUUAUUGGUCUUGCUAUUGCUGGUUAUGUUACUGAUAUUAUUGGUUAUAGAAAAACCAUGAUGUGUUCUUUGGGUUCUUCUAUUGCCUUUAUCUUCAUUCAAUUCUUUGCGCCAAAUAAGGAAGUCUUAUUAACUGCUUAUAUUCUUAUUGGUAUCAUGUGGGGUUCUGUUCAAACUAUUACUGUUACUUAUGCUUCUGAAGUUGCACCUACGACUUUACGUGUUUAUCUUACAAGUUAUGUUAAUAUUUGUUGGGUGUUUGGUCAAUUAUUAUCUUCUGGUGUUCUUAAAGCUGUUAUCAGUACUCUGAAUAGUCCAAGUUCUUAUAGAAUUCCAUUUGCCAUUCAAUGGAUUUGGCCAAUUCCUAUUAUGACUGGUGUUUUCCUUGCCCCAGAAUCUCCUUGGUAUUUAGUUAAAAAGGGUAGAGAUGCUGAAGCUAAGCAUUCUUUAAAGAGAUUAUUAACUGAAAAUAAGCAUUUACCAGAUAAGGAAGUUUUAGCAACUGCUAUGUUAAGAAAGAUUCAAAUGACUGUUAAGGAAGAAGAAGCAGUAAAUACUGGUGCUACUUUCACUGAUUGUUUUAGAGGGAUUAACUUUAGAAGAACUAGAAUUGCUGCCUUAACUUGGAUGUUCCAAUCUUGUACUGGUUCUACAUUAAUGGGAUACUCAACUUAUUUCUAUGAACAAGCUGGUUUAGCUACUUCUAUGGCUUUUACUUUCUCAAUUAUUCAAUAUAUUUUUGGUAUUGUUGGAACUGUUGGAUCUUGGUUCCUUUCUAGAAGAGUUGGUAGAUUCCAAAUGUAUUUCACUGGAUUAGUUUUCCAAAGUAUUAUCUUACUUAUUGUUGGUGGUUUAGGUAUUUCAUCAUCUAAGAGUGCUAAAUGGGGUAUUGGAUCAUUAUUAUUGAUUUAUACAUUUAUUUAUGAUUUAACUGUAGGACCAAUUUGUUAUGCUAUUGUUGCCGAAAUUCCAUCAGCAAAAUUAAGAACCAAAACUGUCAUGCUUUCAAGAAACUUGUAUAAUAUUUCCAACAUUGUUGUCGGUAUCAUUACUCCAUAUAUGUUAAACCCAACUGAAUGGAACUGGAGAGCCAAAACAGGAUUUUUCUGGGCCGGAUUCUCCAUUACAGCUGCUAUUUGGUGUUGGUUUGAAUUACCUGAAACCAAAGAUAGAACAUUUGCCGAAUUGGACUUAUUAUUCGAAGAUCGUGUUGCCGCAAGAAAGUUUGUAUCGACUGAAGUUGAUGUUUUCGAUGCUGGUAAGUUAAUGGAAAAGUUUGGUGAAGAUAACAUUAAGACUUUUGUUCAAAACGUCGAAGAUAAGAAUGAUGUUUGAGAUGGUAUCCUGGGGAAUCAUAGCCUUUUGUUCUUAAUAUAUAGUUCUUCACAUUGAUACUGGACUAUCUUUGUCUGAGUUAGUCUGUGUAAAAUUUAAUUCUCAAGUAAAUAAUUUAAUAACGAUGAAUGAGUUUUCAUUUUAGUAGUUGU